CCAAAUUGAACAAAAUCUCAAAAAUUUACUUUUUUUUCUAAUUUCGUUUAUGUCAACAGUCAGUGUUGUAGUGAUGUUAUCUAAAAACCAGUUGGUAGCAAUUUAGAAGCAAAUGAAGAAAAACAUACCUUGGAUAAGUUAUUUUGAUGUACUUUAACUAUUUUCAAAUUCAUUGCAGCUCAGAGAGCUUUAAACAGACAUUCAGUUUAUUUUGUAAUAGUUGAUGCUCAUUUACGGUUCCAAUGAAUUACUUCUCGGAUUCAUGUUUGUGAAGAAUAACUUUCAAAUCCGUUAGUAUGAAAUGAAAUCGAUAUUGUUUAAAACCAUUUUAUCACUACCAUUUCGCGGUUAGUGUUAUUCUACACUUAUGUAGUCCUUACGUUAUCAAAUAAACAGUACACUUGCUAACUAUAUAGCAAUUUUCUUAAAACUGACACAUUGUAACAAAACAGUACAAACACUGGCGUAAUGUCAAUACUAAUUAUCAGUAUAGUCGUGUAUAAAAAUUGGAACAUUACUAAAACAAGACAUGUAAGGAUAUUCUAAAUUCUACAUAUUACGAGGGAAUAAUUUCAUGUUUUGAUUAAUAUCAGUGGAUUGUAAACUUUAAGCCAUCAUUUUAAAGAACACGUGUUUUUGAAACGUUGACAAGAUUAGAUGGUAAUACAUGUUGAAUACAAACUUAAAUAUUUUACAAUAUUUGAAUGGAUAUAGUUAAAAAUUCCAGACAUAACUUAAGUAAAUGAUCCCCGUUGUAAGUUAGAAAAAAAGUUAUUUGUCAAGUUUAAGGCACUUUUAUGAGGGACGUUGGACUAAUGGCUACAGAGGAUACAAUAUAAGUUUAACUUACGCCAGAUCCCAGUUGGCUUACAAUUCAUUAGGUAACACGGCCAGACUGUAUCUUACAAAAUAUAACUAUUGGAAAUUCUACACAGACUACAUAACAAACUACAGAAAGUUUGUAAACCUUGUAAAAAGACAUAUUAGUUGAUCAAGAACUAUUUCAGUCUAUCAAAGGACUUUACAAGCCGUGUUAAAAGAUGAACUCCAUUUAUAAUACAUCAUCGUGGACAAACGCAAGUUCUGUGAAUGAAUUAUUUGAUCAUGACAACUCUGAUGUGCAAAAUAGUGCACAUUCAAAAAGUAAUGGAACAUUUCAAACACAUGAAGGAUCUGGAAUAAUUUUGACUGAGGCUAGACAGGUUGUGAAUGGGACCAGUAAGGAAGUAGAGUCUAGAUAUCCUCCAAGAUUAAUGCAAGUGUUUGCAGCCCUUCGAAAAGAAUGCCAGGAUAAAAUGCAAACUGAUCUUGCAUUCAAAUCAGAUGAACCUUAUUGCGGGCGGAAUGUUGACAUGUGGGGUGGGUGCUGGCCUGACACUCCGGCAGGUUCAAUGGCAGUCAUUAAUUGUCCGGCGAUUCCGGCGUUUGAUACAAACAAGCACGCAUACAGACAAUGCACAGAAAAUGGAACAUGGUUUAACAACCGUACUGCAGGGAUUAGACGGGUUGACUACAGCGAGUGCCUUUUAAAAGACAAAGACAUCGUGGAUGAUACGAAAUACAUUUACAUCUUUAUUGGUGGUUUUUCCUUAUCGCUGGUCAUGCUGAUUAUAUCGCUAGCAAUUUUCUUUAGAUUUAAACAGCUUCGGUGCGAGCGAAUCACUAUACACAAAAAUCUGUUUAUAUCAUAUGUACUUACUGGGACAGCGUGGAUCCUGUACUAUAUUCUGGUUGCAUUAGAUGGUGACGUCCUCUUACAUAACCCGGUCUGGUGUAGGAUUCUGCAUGUUCUUUGUCAGUAUUUCACCGUCUGUAAUUUCCUUUGGAUGUUCUGCGAAGGUCUUUACAUAAAUACAAUUAUGGUUUACGCCUUCAGCUCUGGCAAGAAACUCAUUCUUAGCUGUUAUGUAAUAGGAUGGGGCGUUCCUCUAUUGUUAACAGGAAUAUAUGCUGGGAUCCGAAACAACACAUUCCACCAAACAGUAGACUGCUGGAUUGGUGAAAGCGAUCUACAAUGGAUAAUGUUUGGACCAGUUGUGUUUUCUAUAGUGGUAAAUGCUAUAUUUCUAAUAAAUAUUGUCCGGCUAUUGGUAACGAAGCUUCGACAGAUGCCGGAGGCUGAUCAAACCAAAAAAGCCACGAGAGCUACAUUAAUAUUAGUUCCAUUACUUGGUCUACAAUAUUUAUUGUUGCCAAUUAGACCGCCCCCAGACUCGAAGUUAGAGGAAAUUUAUCACAUAUUGGUUGCUAUUUUAAUAUCAUCACAGGGUGCUUUUGUUUCUUUGAUGUAUUGCUUUCUAAACGGAGAGGUAAUAAGUGUGAUGCGCCGGAAGUACAAACAACAUAGGCUAAUGACGACAAAGCGUAGUAGUUUACGAUCUUCUUCCUGUCCAGCACAAGGAAACACAGUCAGUGACAUGGACGUGCCUUUACAACACAAUGGAAAUUGCUUUCAAGACGAAAAGUGUGACAUAUCUGAGAAAACACCUUUAGGAAAAGAUAGUGUAUGAAAACGAAUACGAAACGGAUAUCAAAUGCAUCCUCACCGUACCUCGUUGAAAAGCUGCAAAGUCUGCUUUGAAAAACGAUGGCACACACGCAGCUGCUCCUUGAAGAUCUCAUGAAGAACAUGUGAUUGCUUGAACGUAGAUUGCAAAGCGCGCGUUAUUGUUACUGGUUGUGUGAUAGUACGCUCAAGUUGUAAUACAAUUAUAGUUACAUAUCAGCGAAUGUGAUAAUUUUAUUGUGUUUUAGAUGCUUCUCUGAAUUAUCUCUCUAACAAUAGCGCUUUACACGUCAAGAAUGUACUACGUCAUGCAAGAUAAGAAGUUCUGUUUACAUAUUCACAUUAAAAUACAGAACAAAAGACGAAGUGGAACAAAUUACUGAAUUGUCGAGUGCCUCAGAUAUUGCGCUAAAUGAGGCUAUACUACACACAUUUUGAAGCUCUUGUAAUUUUUAUAAUGGCAGAUCUUAUUUGAAAGAAGUAUAGAUCUACUUUUGCGUUUUCAAGACCCAGCUAACCCUAAUUAUUAUACAAAUAAUUUCUAAAAUACGUUUGUGAAUUAAAAUUGUUUUAAGAUUCUUGGUAACAACAUGGUAUCGAGAAAUAUUCGCAAUCCCUGCUGAAGGAGGAGAUAUUGCGCGACUCCAAAAGCGCAGUAUUUUCCGUAAAAAAAUGAAUGCAUAUUUUUCAAAGCAAAAUUACUAACUUCCUUUUAUAACGCAUCUACACUUUUAGUAUUACAUUAAUGAAAAGAAAAUAUUCCUUAAGCUACUCGAAAAGUUAAAGCAUCACAUGAAUACUUUUUCGCAUGACGACACACAUCGAAAUGACGUCAAAAAUGACAUCACACACACGUUUUGCACUUUUGACAGAACAUACCUCAGUCCUUUUGCAAGUACACCUAGAAUGAAAUGCACUGGUAAUAAUAUGGUAUAUUUCAGAUCAAUAUUUGAUGAUUUAUUGUUCAGAGUAUCUAUUGGAACUUUUGAGCCAUAAAUUAAAGAAUAGUUGAUACAUCUUGGUGCAAUGAUUUAGGUUGCCCAGUAGAAAUAUUUGAAUUUUUAUGUGCUGUUAAAAUAUUGUGUUAAAACAUGCAUAUUUCUUUCUUUUACAACUACCUUUAAAAAUUGUUCCAAAUUAGAAAUAGACUUAUAGAGUAUUAUUGCCUAACAACUAUUUUAAUCAGAUGCAUGUAUAUAUAUAUGAUAAGUGACUCAUAUUUUCCAGCCUGUGAGUGUUUAAUGUUAUUGAUUACACAUGACUUAUAGCUACGUAAAACGUUGAAUUAAAAGUGAAAGUUAAAGCAAGUA